AUGUCUCCGGCCUUGCCGCAGGCAGUCAUGGCGGACGCGGACGCACUGCCCGAUGUGCAGAUCUUUGCGCAAGGCCGCUCCAGGACGACGCCCGCCGCCGAGGUCGUCAAAAGCAAGGAAUCCCGGCGGCGCAGUAACGGCUCGGUGCCUGCCGCAGCACAGGUCGCACCGCCCCACAGGUGCUGGCCGGGACGUGGGAAGUUCGCAUGGAUGAUGUUGUUUGGCCUCUUUCUCGUGGUCGACUCCUCCAAAUACUUGGUCGAUGUCCGAGCCAUGACCCACAGCCCGCGAAUAGCACAAGCGAUCGUGCUCACGCAGGACAUCUUGUCCGUGGUGGUCUGCCUGCUUGCCGUUCUCAGGUACGAGGGUCUUCGGGGGAUCCCAGCAACCUUUUGCUCCAUGGAGCUUCUGCGGUGCCUCCCUACGGCAGCGUUGUUUUCGCUGAGCAAUGCCGCCCUAGCACACGGCAUCGGCAUCGGCGUUGGAGCUGCUACGGCUGUUGCCCUGAACACUCUUUACAUGCCCAUGUGCGCCUUUGUGAGCAGAUGGAUGUUCCGACGUGCCUAUGGCUGGCUGGAGCUGCACGCCUUAGCUUUGCUGACGUUUAGUUCUUUGACAUUCUGCGAGCUGCGCAGCCGCGUCAUAGGGCUGUCUGGUGGCCUCCAGGGCGCCGUCUUCGUUGUCCUCUCAGCCUGCUUUGCCUGCGUUGCCUGCCUUUUGGCCGAGCGAAUUUUCAAGCAGCGCCACACCCCGCAGAGCGAGGAGGUGGAGCUUUACUGCGUGCAAAAGGCGCGCUUCGACUUUUGGGGCCUCAUCACGUCGGCCCUGGUCCUGUUAUAUCUUGGCGAGCCGCCCUCGGUUCAGUUGUACAGAGAUUGGACCUACCUUCAGGUCGGGGCGGUUCUCCUUCGCGUAGUGCAGUCCCUCAUGGCUGGCCUACUGGUCAAGCGUUGGUCGACGGUGGCCAAAGCCGUGCUGCAAAGCUUGUCGAUGCUUCUCGUGUUCUUCUUGGGGGAUGUCGCAUUUUUGGGCCGUGGGCAGGGCAACCUCUGUAUAUACAUGCUGGCCCUUCUGGUCUCACUGGCGGCAUUCAUGUACCAGCUGGGGCGCCGACAGACAAUGCACUUGCUCGAGGUGGCCUCUUCAGAGAGCCUUUCCGAGAUCACCGAAUCCGAGGCCUCUGUGAGCUUCCAGCGGACUCAUUCGGAUCCGACGGACAACCGUCGUGGUCGAUCUCUGCUGCCACGGCCGCGGAUAAGCUCAGAAGAGGUUCAGCCGGCCGACUAUCAGGUUUGCUGUCCAUCGGAGUUCACGCCGGUGAGCCCUCAGCAGCUCCUCGCACAGCGGCUGCCGCAGCUUCCCGAGGUCGACCAGCUGGAGGUUUUGGACCAGCGCUGGCUGGAGCAGGAGCGGAGCCGGAAUUCGCAGUUCGCCAAUUGGAUCUCUUCAAAGCGUGGAGUGCUGGUGCAGCUACUCUGCGUAGCGAUCUUCGUCUUCUUUGAUUCGGCAAGAACGAUUGUGAAUGAUCAGUUCAUCCGAAGUGCUCCUAUCGUCUCUCAGUCGAUCACCUUCUCACAAUUUGGAGCUUCCGUGGCAGUCGGCUUGGGAGUCACCGGCCUCGUGGACGGCCGCGCUGGGCUUUGGGAGGCCUUAGCCUGGAAGGACGUCUUGCGAUCCUUUCCCGUGGCGGCUUGCUUCUCCUUGAGCCAGACCUUUACCAUCAUGGCCUACAGUGCCGGGGUCAGCGGAAUGGAGAACACGGUCGUCGGCAACGUCUACCUGCCACUCAGCGCGCUUCUGAGCCGGUGGAUCUUUCGCCGAUCGUACAGCUUUCUGGAGUGGAUCGCUCUCACCGCGUUGAUGCUUAGUGCCAGCGUCUUCGUGCUGCUGCAGCAAUCUCCUUCAGGCGAGGUGUCGUCCCACAUCUUCUCGACGGGGAUCCUCUACGUGAUCCUCUCCGUUUGCAUGUCCUGCCUGGCAUCCAUGCUUUCUGAGAAGAUCAUGAAGGCCGGCAGCAGUCCUUUCUACAUCCAGAAGGUGAACCUGGACAUCGGGAGUUUCAUCACGUCUGUGAUCAUGCUCUUCGUUUGUGGCAUGGCAAGCCAGCGGCCAAAUGACGCCUUCUGGAAGAGUCGAGAUGUGGACGGAAGGAUGGAGGCAGGCAUCUUCGUGGCCUGGGAUGCUCGGAUGGUCCUGGUGUUGGUGGUGACCCUUCUCCAGAACUGGCUUGCAGGUCUCGUUGCCAAGCGCCUCUCCACCGUCAUCCGCUCCAGCGCACAGCAGCUCUCUUUGCUUAUCGUGUACUUCGUGGGGGACAUUUGGUUGAACCACGUUGCUUUCGACUGGCCAGUGGGAACCACGGCGCUGGCCACAGGGCAGAAGAAAGAGUAG